AGAGCAGGAUAGUGAGGAAAGUAGCAGCAUAAGUAGGAUGUCUUAUUCCAGCACUCAGGAACAUGUUCUUAAACUUGGAGAGACGUUUACCAAACACCCUAAAAGUGCUUUUCACACAGUGCGAUAUGACUUCAAGCCAGCAUCUAUUGACACAAGAUGUGAAGGCGAGCUGGAAGUUGGAAAAGGAGAAGAGGUCACCAUUACAUUACCCAAUAUUGAGGGUUCAAGUACCCCAGCCACAGUGUUCAGGGGAUCCAAGAGACCUUACAUGAGGGAAUGCAUCCUCAUCAUAAAUCAUGACACAGGAGAGUACAGGCUGGAAAAACUUAACAGCAACAUUGCUGUGAAAAAGAUCAGGGUUGAAGGCAGCAGUAAGGUCCAUUCCUGCCUGAAACAACAGACCAGUCACUUGAGCCAGCAAAGGAAGAAAAAUACCAACAAUCAGACUUCCAGCACCUGUAAAGCUGCUACUUCCAAAGAGAAGAUAUCACCCGCACCGAUGGAUGACAUUGAGAAAGAGUUGAUGGCCGAGGCACAGGUCAUGGACCAAAUGAACAGCGGUGACAGCUCCUCUGGAUCCAGCAGCUCUUCAUCCUCGAGUAGUGAGGACAGCUCCAGCAGCAGUGAUUCAGAGGAUGAGGGGGUUUCAGUGUCCGGUUCGGCCCUGGCCAGUCAAAGCGUGCCAGUCAAGACCAACAGUGGCCCAUAUGAAACGGGGGGCGGAGUUCUCGAGAAUGACCUCCAGCUGAGUGAAUCAGGCAGUGAAAGUGACUGACCAGCACGAGUGCCCUGCCUGUUGACAUCAGAUGGAUUUUUAGUGAAGAUUCAGCAGAUGCACCAUUCUUCAUUCUAUGGAAUCCAACCCUCCAUCACUGAUUCUCUCAGCAAACUCCAGAGUAAUGUUACAUUUAAUGUUUCAUGAGCUGUUGCAUCAAAACAAGAAUGACUUAUCAAAGCAGCGUGCAAAGGAACAAAGUGUGUCCACCAGCCUUCUUUCCUAUCACUGCUGAAACUGAGCAAGCAGAAUGACCUCCCAGAACUGUUAAGAACACACUGUCCCCUUUUCUACAUUUCACCUCAGCGGUGCUACAAACUUUGGUUGUGCCUUAGAUCAGAUACAGUUGGGUCCGUAAGUAUGUGGACAGGGAGACUUUUUUUUUGGCAUUUUGCUGUCAAACAGUUAAGAUGUGUUUGUAGACUUUAGUUCUGUGGGUUUCUGUGGUGCCUUACCAAGGAAAGACCUGCAUUUUAAUUUUGAACAGGUGUGCUGACUGUCAGUGGGUCUAAUUGCAACUCCCCAAAAAUCAGUACUUUGUUUUGCCAUCUAAGCCUUAUUUCUGAUGAAGUAGUGUGCUAGUACUUAGUUAACUUGAUGUUUGCAUCUUCUUUUGUAACUUUAAACCUGCCAUACUUGAAUCUGAUUAAAUUAUUUAUAUAUUACAAUAUAGUUUGACCAGCAGCAAGUUGCUUAUUAUGUAUUUAUUUAAUUAAUGGACAAGUUGAGUGAUUGAAAAUAUGCUGCAUUAAUAACCAAACGUUUUGAACAUCAUGUGCCUUUAUUUGCUUUGUCCAUGUAAAGAACAACGUACUGCGGCCUUUAAUCAUGAAGCACAUAUCUGUGAUGUCGCUGCACACAAAGUUUGGGAUGAUGAUACUGUUGGACUUAAAGUCAUUUGUUUCGCCUUCAGAAGGAUGAUUGAUUCAGUCUGUUGGCUUACUUUUUUUGUAGAAAAAAUGUUAUGUGUGUAUUUCUUUCAUGC